AUGGUGGUGUCUCUCAGUGCUUCUCCUGGCCAAGACGUCCGGAGCGCUGCUGCUGCGUCCUUCUGGCAGUCGGCGAUGCCAGAUGAGGCGGAGAUGAUGAGAAGGCGAAAAGAGGCCGAAGAAAGACGCAAAAAGAGAGGACAGAGGUCGCGCUCUGCCUCUCCUGAACGGUGUGGACCUAAUCGUCUCUCCUUCGCACCCCCACCAGAUGAACUUCUUACUGGGCCUUACGCUCCCCUAGACAAGUAG